AUGGGUACAAGAAAAUUCAGUAAUGAUGAUAUUAUUACCAAUAUGAUCAGUGAGAUCAAAGUUGAGAAGUCAUUGAAAUAUACCGAAGAAGAGAUUGCAAAAGCACUGGAGGAAGAAAGAAAACAAUUAGCCCAACCAGAUGAAGAAGAUUUAAGAUAUAUUGAUCCUCAAUUGUUUCAUGAACCAAAGUCUGCGGUAUCUAAUGUUUCUGAAGGAUUUGGUCUAACCAAGCUCUUUUCCAUAAAAAAAGCCCCCAAAAAGUCUGAAGGUGAUGCCAAUGAAGAUGAAGAAUUCGAUAAUUAUGAUUUAAGGGCUGCUGCUCGUGUACCAGACCCAGAUACUGCUGUUAGUUUUACAGAUAUUUUUAGAAAAUCUUCAGAUUCUAGUACUCAACAAAUAAAUGAUGAAAAUGAUAAAGGUGACGAUACUGAAAUUAUGGAGUCUGGUGAAUGGUCCAGUGAUGAUAUUGGGAGUCCUUUAAACUCAGACUAUCUGCUGCUAUCGACUUUUAAUACACCUGCCAAAUUAGAUGCUAUUAGAGAAUCGGAUGAAGAAUCGGAACCUAUGUUUAUGAAUAGUGCUAUAAGUAUAGAUAAUAUCAAUGGUAGGUCUCAGACACCACUUAUUAGCUUCUCCAAUUUAAAUGUUUCAAAAAAUCCCAAUAGAAAUAAAAUAGAUAAUGAGGAACAUGAUCUAGAUGGAGAUAGACAAAAGGAACUGGAAGAUCAAGAUGAACAACAAGUUAUUGAUGCAGUUGGUACCCAAUCACAAUACGAAUAUUUGGCGGAUCCUGAUACUACAGCUAACAUAACUGCUCCACCAUUACUCAAUAUUGUUGAAGAUACUAUAGAUGACGAUACGCUGUAUCAAUCAAAUGGUGAGAUUGGUUCCUCAAAACUUGAAUCUAAUGAAGACUUUCCCACUACUUUUAAUCAAUUUUUGGACGUUCCCGAGGUUAAAGUAGAAGAAGAACCAUUAUUCACUUCAGAUCAAGAAUUUCCAACACAAGAGACUCCAUCCAAUCCUUUUAAUGCUUCAAGAUCUUGGAAAAGUUUAUUAGCCUGUGAUACAUCUGUUCCAGCAGUUUCCGAUGAAGUCAAAACAAAGCUGGACAUAUACCAUGAGAAAGAACUGGAAUCCAAAUUCGAAGAGCCAACAAAUUUGAUAUUGUCUCUGCAGAGCACCAAUUUCAACCCAUCAAGCUCCGUCUCAAAAGAUAAAAGAUCAAUGGCAUCAACCCCAAGACUGAUGAAUCUCAACAAAGAUACAUUAGAAGUUAUAUCGGUGAUUGAGAGUGAUCAAUCAUCUCCAAUUUCAAACAACCCAGGUUAUAAGCUACCAAAUAUGCAACAUAAUAAUAUAUACUUCAACUACAAUCAAAAGUUGGAUUCUCCUGAUCUCAAGGAAGGCGAAAUACUAGAUAAAAGCCUACAAUUACCAAGCUAUGAUCCCAAAGCUUCAAUGAAUCAAAACGUAUUACAGAAAGAUAAUAUCAACUGGACCAGUGGGGCUAAUUCUAAAGGUCCUAAAGAAGAAGAGGUAAAGGGAGUCGAAGAUUACAACUUUGGGAACUUAAAAUCGUCUUUUAAUUUCCAUUCAGGAAUCACUUCUCCAGAAUUAGAUGAAAGGGCUGAUGAUAGAUUUAUUGAUACUUCAUACCAAAAUGACACACCUCUAAUUGCCCAAGAACCGUCUAUAAAGAAUACAGAAACUGCAUCUGCUUUUGAACCAUUUGCUGGAACAUCAGCUGUCUACUCUGGAUCUUCGUUGAUUAAUAUCCUUGCAAAUGAUUUUGAUAAGAAUUUUCCAGAUUCAUCUUUAAAUGAACAAACUUUCGAAAAUUUUAAAGAUAAGGCUGAUUGGAUAAAGUCCUUAGAUUCAGCUUUCGAAAUAGAUGAUAACAUAUCAGGUGAAUUGGAGCGUAUGGUGAACAAGGUUCCAUCUCUUAAAUCACAUACAAGUAGUGAUUUACAGCCAAACUCUUCAUUUAGUCCAAAGUCGGCUUCAUAUUCUAAAGGGAUGAAGCGCGCCAUAUCUCAAUAUAACAAAAAAUAUGGGUUUAAAUUUACAAAAUCAACUACUGAAAAACAUGAAGAAAAGGAAAUUGAACCCCCUACUAGUCCAAAAUCAAUUACAUCUAAUGGGGGAAUUGGCACUGGUUUUUUAUCUAAAAUUUCCACGAGAAUCAAUUCAGUAUCAAGGCCUUCAUCUGCUUUUAUUAAUGAUAACAAAAAGAAUAAUCUUGAUACUGAAGAUGGACCAGAAAGAGAAAUUAUUGAUGUUGUUAAUCCAAGUAGUGAAGUUAUAAGUAAUAUUGGGAUAUCUGCGCCGGGUACGGUGACAGCAAAGUUGUUCGAAGAUGCUGGUAUUCAUACCAAAUCAAAAGAUACACCAAAAGCAAACAGGCAUUUUAUAGAAGUCAUUAAAACCCCAUCAACUACAGAUAAGAGCUCACAAACUCUUUCAGCAAACUUCAAAGCUAGUACUACGGAAACGGAUACAGAAACAAGUAAAUUAAGCCAGAAUUAUUGGAAGACAAGUAAUAGAUUUAUGGAUAAGAAAAACCCUAUUGGGAGAUCUAGGACUAUAAGAAAAAUAUUCACUGCUAGAUCAAAAGGUUCAGGCAGCUUGAAAGAUGCGUCUGCCCAAAAUACUCUAGAUUCAAAAGUUCAUGACAGCGAACAAAGCAAUAACGUCAAAUCAUCGUGGAGUAAUACAUUAUUCAGAGGAAAGACUUCACGUGGUAAAAGGAUUGGCUCACAACACCUUUCAAUGGAUUCGGGAGUUUCUUUGGAUGAAUAUGCUGGUAAUUUUGCUCUUAAUCAAGAAUUUGAGCCUCCAAGUGAAACACAGGUUUUAUCGACAGAAACGGUUGAUGCAAGAAGAAUAAUCCAAAUGACGAAUACAACUGAUGCUACUCAAAGUGAUUUCAUAGAUAUAUCAAAUGGAUAUCCGGUCUCUAGGGACUCUGCUUUCUCGGAUACCAGUGGAUCCAUGGCAUCUUCAAUUCAUGAAAGGCUAAGAACAACUAAAGCAGUGGAGGAUUAUACACCUACACCUAUUCCCGGUCGCCAAAGAAGUUUAUCUGUACUGUACAGAACAAGAAAUUUGAGAUUUGCGUCUUUGAAAAGGAAUAGAAGUCUAAAUAAUGUUGACUCUAUAAGAGAUCAAACUAUUUCAUUUGCAAAUGACAAGAGAAAAAAUCAUAACGUGAACAAUACUGAAAACAAAAGCAUCCAGAACAUAAACGAUGCAGCUAAUAAAGAGAACUUGAAUAAAGAUAAGCAAAAGUUGAAACGAGGUAAUUCACGUCUUGGGGGUUUCUUGUUUCCAAAAAAUAAUGCUAAUUACCAAGGUGAAAAUCAAUCAAACGUUAAUUUACCAUAUAAAAAUCAUGAGGUACACGAAGUACAGAAUGAGACCCUGGGUACCCUUAAAAGAAGGGGGACCUUACUUAAAAGAUUCAAAUCCGUGUAUAAGAAAUAA